UUGGCUCAGAGCAGCUCCACACAGCACUAACAGGAGCACAGUAACGGUUUCUCACAGCCCACUGCUCCGUCUGCUUCAGUACGAAGAGCGAAACGCGACAUUUAACACAACCAAGUAUUAUUUACACCCCUAACUCUGCAUUAUUUUUGAAGCUUAAAUUGAAUUAUAGUCUUUUCUUAAGAGCUCAAGAGUCUUUUUGUUCUCCCUACCGCUUGAACAGCAUGAGCGAACUGGAGCAGAGAGAGAGGGAAAAAGAGAGGCUGGUGAAGGAACAACUCUUUAUAGCUGCAAUAAUGAGGAAAUGGUUUAAACUCGAAAGCUGCCGACUGCCAGUGACUGACUAAAUUGGAUCCAUUUUGAGGAGGCUGUACCAGUACACUGACUGUAUUGUAUAGGGUUGUGCAGUACAGUACAGGCUUUGUAAGGGGCAUGUGAGAACCUGAAAACAAAAACUGAUCAUCUAUAUGUACUAAAGAUGAUGAGAGCUCAUUUCACUAACUUUCAGAGUGUGUCAGUGAUGGGCUGGGAAGUACACUGCAACCAAUACCCUUUCUGACAGCUAGGGAUUCGCCAGAAGCAAAACUUGCCCACCGUCCGCCGAUGCCAUAAUGGCAAGUCUGGCUCUUAACGAGACUGGGCUGGAGGACUGUGGCAUUGAUGACUCUUUCAAGUACAACUUGUAUGGUGUAGUGUACAGCAUCGCCUUUGUGUUAGGCCUCAUCACCAACUGUGCUUCACUCUUUGUCUUCUGCUGUCGUAUGAAGAUACGCAAUGAGACCACUCUCUUUAUGACCAACUUGGCAUUAUCAGACUUAAUAUUUGUAUUUACUCUACCUUUUAAAAUCUACUAUAACAUCAGGCGCCACUGGCCGUUUGGCGACGGGCUGUGCAAGAUCUCCGGAGGAGCCUUCAUCACCAACAUCUAUGGCAGCAUGCUCUUCCUCACAUGUAUCAGUGUAGACCGCUUCCUGGCCAUAGUUUACCCCUUUAGAUCACGCUCUAUCCGCACUCGCCGUAACGCUGGAAUUGUAUGCGCGCUGAUCUGGUUGUUGAUCCUGGGUGGAGGCAUGUCUGUGACCUUCUUCUCUGCAACCAACCAGGCUAAAACCAUCACCACUUGCUUCGAAGGCUUCUCCCAGAAAACCUGGCAAACCUACCUGUCCAAGAUCACCAUCUUCAUCGAGGUAGUGGGUUUCCUUAUUCCAUUGCUCAUCAACCUGGCCUGUUCCUCCGUGGUGCUACGAACACUGCGUAAGCCAGCUACACUCUGCCAAAUUGGCACCAACAAGAAACGUGUGUUGCGCAUGAUUGUGGUGCAUUUAGCCAUCUUCAUUGUCUGCUUUGUCCCAUAUAACUCUGUUCUUUUUGUUUAUGCUAUGGUGCGCACCCAAGCCUUGGCAAGCUGCUGGCUUGAACGAUUGGCACGAACUCUUUAUCCUGUAACACUUUGUGUGGCCACCCUCAACUGCUGCUUUGAUCCAGUGGUAUACUACUUCACCUCAGAGUCUUUUAAGAAGUCUCUUACCACAGGGAAAUGUCAAACUAAGCAGGAAAGUACACUGCGCACGGAAGGGCCUGUGUCUAGCAAAGAGAACACAGAGACUGAAAAAGUAGAAGCUAACAGAGUGUCCAGCAAUGGAAAAGAACCGAUUACAGAGACUCAGUUUUGAGUGGACAAAAUAUUCAACAGCACCAAUGUCCACAUUAAAGAGGCGCUUUGCUAAGGUUUGUACCAAGGACUUAGCUCUAAGGAUUUUGCUCAGUUAGUGGAAACGUUUGGAAUUUGAACUUUCUAACCGAAGCCUUCAAUCUCUCAGGCUGAAUGCUUAUAACUAUCAAUAUUUAAAUUUGACUGUACAGGUCCAGCACUGUUAUUUAGGUCUCUGAGUUUAUGGGAACAGCAUAUGUUGAAUAUGUUGAAUAAAGUGGCUCCACACAA